ACUGUUUAGUUCAGUCUUAAAUAGUGCAUUAAUGUUUAAUCUCAAUUCCACCAAGUUAUAUAGAAAACUACAUGUAGAGCAAUUUAAUCAUAUUUGCAAGAUGACGACAAUAGUGGAUAACAAGCUUUCAUCUCUUAACAGUCGUUCGUCCGUCGAAGCCAACUUUAACUCGUCAGUUUUUGUGGAGUCACUUGACGAUCUAAAUAGUCGAUACGCAGAUGCCUUGCUUCCGUUGACUAUAACAUUUGGAGUAUUUACGUUUACUGGUUUCUUUGGAAACCUGCUGAUAUUAGUUGUUUUCUCAUUAAGUCGGGAGUACAGAGGAAACAAUUUCAAAGCGUUUGUUUUGACGUUGGCUGUUAUAGAUCUAAUUACGUGUGUGACUCUUAUACCGGCGGAGAUGGUUAAACAAAGAAACUACUUUGCAUUCGAACACGUGGUUCCAUGCAAACUAAAGUGCUUCUUCAAUGUGUUUGGAGCCUCGUCUUCAUGUAAUGCAUUGCUCGUGAUUUCAGUGGAUCGUUACAGAAAGGUGGUUCAGCCAUUCAAGAAACAACUUACGCCUAAAUUAGCUGUGAAACUUCUAAUUGGAGUUGCAAUAGUAUUCCCCUUGUUUCUGGCCAUUCCCAGUGCAGUAAUGUGCGGAAUUAACACCACGACGAUGGUGAAUACGUACGGAACUAACACCACAAUCAAUAUAUGUCAAACGGAAGAACUAUUUGAAACAUCAGUAUGGCGAAAUAUUUACAAAUCGAUUUUAUUAAUAAUGCUUGGAGGCAUAUCAUUGUCUUAUUUAAUAUUAUACGCAUUCGUUAUGCGCGCUGCUGCCAAACAUACUAAAGCCACAUCGUUGCAACGCAAUAAUUCCACAUGGAAUAUUUCACCGUGCUCUGUGGCGUACGAUACGAACACUAUUGAAAAUAAACCGUGUGCAAGUGAAAUUAAUCGAAAAGAACAUUCGGGUAAACGGGGUUUUCAAAAUGGGGACCACAUUCGAGAAUUACUUGACAAUAAUUGUGUUCAUCAGUUAAAAGUUCAUAGGUAA